CUCCCGUUUUCUGCGUUGAGCCUCUGCGUCACCCGCCAACCAUCGUUUUCUGCAGCACCAGCUCGAUCUGCAACUCCGUUCAUCCCAUUACUCAUCGGCAUUCUGAUGCUGUCGAGGGAGGCAUUAUCGCGUUGAUCAUCAAGCUGCAGCGACGAUGAGGCGAGCGGCCAUAUGCCGGCGGCGACCAAGAUGCAGCCCUUUCCUACCCUCGUGCGUUCUGCCACAUCGGCAGUUUUCUUCUGCGUCCGGCCUGCAUGGCUUGGACGCUUCCCAGCUCAAGAUCAUCCGCAAGGGCGGCGAACCGACGCCCCUGCCGCCCCUUGACACGCUGGUGUUCGGGCGGACGUUUAGUGACCACAUGCUGGAUGUGGACUGGGACGUCAACGAGGGUUGGAGGGCGCCUGUCAUACGGCCGUUUCAGAACUUGAGCAUCCACCCGGCUGCGUCCUCGCUGCACUACGCUCUGCAGGUAGAUAGAUGAGUGGCCAUUCUGAGCGCAAGGGAGGCGGGACGUCUGUCUGUGGUUUGUGGCUUGUGUCUGAUGUUCAGUGUUUUGAUGGGAUGAAAGCGUACAAGGACGACAGUGGGCGCAUCCGUAUGUUUCGACCUGACAUGAACGCCAGGAGGCUGCUGCUCUCAAGCCAACGCCUGGGACUGCCGGUAACAACACACACAGACACACACACACACCCCUCUCAUGUCGAUGUGUGUGUGUCUGCAGUCGUUUGACGAGCUUCAGUUGGUGGAGUGCAUCAAGGCGCUGCUGAGUGUGGACAGCAGCCAGGUGCCGCAGAAGGACGGCUACUCAAUGUACAUCCGGCCCACGUCCAUCGCCACGCAGCCUACGCUGGGCGUCGGGCCCCCAUCGCAGACCAAGCUGUUCGUCAUACUCAGUCCCGUGGGGCCCUACUAUCCAACUGGUCAGUCAGUGACGCGGCAGAAGAAUGGAUAAUGGCCAUGUGUGUCGUGUGGGCAUGUGUGUAGGGUUCAAGCCCGUCCAGCUCUUGGCUGAUACGCAUUACAUUCGUGCGUGGCCUGGCGGAACCGGCGACCGCAAAGUUGGCGCGUAAGAAUGGGGAAGACACCCAAACGCAUCGAUCGACAGAUGCAUGUGGCUUGUGCGUCCUUUCAUUUCAGCAACUACGGCCCGACGAUCCUGCCCCAGACGCUGGGAGCGAAGAAGGGCUAUUCGCAGAUGCUGUGGCUGUUCCCUGAGGGCGACGACUACCGGCUGACUGAGGUCGGCACCAUGAACCUCUUCAUCUUAUGGAAAAACGAGCAGGGUACAAAGAUGCCAUCAGACAAAGAGGCAGCAGAGAGAAGCCGAAUUUGCCGGUGUGUGCUGUGCUGUUGGUGCGUUGGUUGCAGGAGAGAAGGAGCUCGUCACCGAGCCCCUAGGCGACCUGAUCCUCCCUGGUGAGGUUACAUGGCCCAUCUGUGUCGAUUCAUUGAGCCGACAUGUGGUCACCUCUUGGUGCAGGCGUGACGCGUGAUUCGAUCAUCAAGCUGGCGCAGAAGAUGCACGACAUCAAAGGUACGCGGGCGGGCGAGGCAUGCACGACUGACUGAAUUCUGAUGUACCUGGCAUGAUGUGUGCUGCGCAGUGAGCGAGCGCCCUGUGUACAUGAAGAAAGACUUCCUCAAGGCCGUCGCUGAGAAGAGGGUGGGUGAAUGCGAGAGGAAACAAAGGCAUGCCGCCGCACUCACAGACGUCCUUGUUCUCUGGGUGUUACAGAUUCUGGAGGUGUUCGGUGCUGGUACGGCGGCCGUGGUGUCGCCUGUGGAUCGCAUUGGCUUCGAUGGUGUCGAUUACCCCAUACCCGUGGACCCUGACAACCCAUCCGCUGGUGAGAAUAUCAGACACAAGUGAGAUUGUCGUGAUCGGUCUGGGUGUGUGUCUCUAAUUGUGUGCAGGUAUCGGUCCUCUGGCCAAGAAGCUGCUGAAAGAACUGAAUGACAUCCAGGUGACAUGCAGCGGCGUGGGGCAAACGAGCAGGGAGGCAGUCAUGGGUGUUUGUGUACGUCUGUGUGCAGUAUGGUCGCGUCCCCCACGAGUGGUCCUGGCUGGUAUAGCCCCGCGAUGCAUCCAUGCAUCCACCCUCCCCGCCUCCUCUGUCCCACCUACCCAGCCCAACACACUGCUCUCGUGUUGGUGUCUUUGUUGUGUUGUCGUAGCGGCUAGCUGUACUGACGACCAGCUACAUCAGUGCGUGAGUGACUUUGUAUGUUGUGGAUGUCGUGAACACGGAGGCA